GUGUGGACAGGCUCUUCUACUUCGACCAACGUUGAUCGCCGCCAGCACAAGCCCCUUCUCAUCGCCUGUAUGUCAUGUCAAAGCCUCUUGCCACCUUCUCUGAUGGAUCGGCUGUACCGAUGGAUGGCCAGUUCCAUGUCGAUCCGUGUCGCCCGGAGUCAAGUGUGAAAUAUCUCAAGCCAUGGUAUCCUCCUGGGGUAUCGGAAGUGCUGUCCGGUGGUAACACCGCACUACUUGCUCUUCUACCAGAUAAAUCAAUCCUUAAAUAUGUCCGUGACAGAGAUGACCGCUGGGCCCUUAGAAGUCUAGAAAUCGAACACGUUAUCCUUACAGCAUUGGGAGACCACCAAAGGCUGGUCAAGUACCUUGGCCAACACGAAUACGGUCUUAGGUUUCAUUUUGAGGCCAACGGAGAUAUUCGCAGUUAUUUUUCCAAGGCCGACUUCAAAUCCAUUCCUAUCCAGCAACGAGAGAAAUGGGCACAACAAGCGGCCGAGAGCAUUGCAUUUAUCCACUCCAGAAAUGUCAUCCACUGCGACAUCCACCCAAAUAACUUCCUACUGGACGAAAACCUUGAUAUUCGCCUCUGCGACUUCGCUGGCUCCCUGUAUGGAGAACUGGAUGGAAAGGCAAUGGAGAGUACUUCCUUCUUCCUUCCCAGAGAUCCCCUUUCCACACCAAACAUAAAAACGGACCUCUUCGCGUUAGGGUCUGUUAUGUAUUACAUCAUGACUGGUCGGGAGCCGUUCCAUGGCCUGCAAGACGAUGAAAUUACUGCCCGUUUCAUGAGAGAGGAGUUUCCAGAUGUAAGCGAGUUUGCGUGUGGCCACAUUAUUAGCGGGUGCUGGACUACAAAGUUUAAUAGUGCUCUGGAGGUGGUAGUCGAGUUCACACGCAAAGUCACAGAUGAUUAAAGUCGAUAAAGUCAGCCCUGCCAGCCGCGUAUAGAGACAGCAGUCAACGUUAGAGCGAGUGCAUUAGCCUCAACUACUAACCAAGUUGUUUCGCUAGAUCCUAACGGAGAACUAGUGAUAGCUCUAAGCAAAUUAUUUGCUGGUCGAUGUGAAAGAAAGUAAUUUCUAAAGUAGCUAGGUCUAUUAAGCUCGAUUGUUAUCAUAUCUCGC